AUGCACGAGCACAGCAGUUCUUCACAGACGAGACAGGACAGGGACUGCAUGAUCAGUUGUCCAGAAAACAGCUCCAGGUUCAACUAGUGAGGGUGUCUAUUCUUAACUUCACCAAACCAAGCUUGUUCGUUCUCGUCAAGACUUCCAGUAGAGCAAAGAGUCAGCUGUUUGCCAGGACAACCGGUAGACAAGCCAGAGACAAAACCUAGACUUUCACUUCAGUUCAAAAUCUCAAUUCGCAAUAUUAAGAUGUCAGUGAGGAUAGCGGCUCUGAGCGUCACCUUGCUUCUCCUGCUGGUGGCAACGUGCGCACAGAGUCCCAGGAAGAGGCUGGCGCCACCCAAGGUCCCCAAAGCUCAAUGCUGCGAUGAGGUGCGCUCCCUCAAGGUGCAGGUGGCCAACCUGACCAGUCUGCUGGAGGAGAUGAGCCGCAAGCAGGAGACAGACUUGAUGAACGUGGUGAGGCAGAUGUUGGAGCUGGAUAAGCAGAAUCGGCAGCAGGAAGCCCGUGUCACCGAAGUUGAGAGCAAGUACUCUGAGAUCCACAACCGGGUGGAGAUCGUGCAGCUGCAAGCUGCCCAGUCAGUCACCCAGACCUCUUCAGAUGCCAUCUACGACUGUGCAUCAGCUCUGAACAGCAGGAAUUACAAGAUCUCUGGGGAGUACAAACUGCCUGCAGAUAACUUCCUGGGUACUCCUGAGAUGGAUGUGUUCUGUGACAUGGAGAGUAAUGGCGGAGGAUGGACCGUCAUCCAGAGGCGCAAGAGUGGCCUGACUUCCUUCAACCGCGACUGGAAGCAGUACAAGAAGGGCUUUGGAACCAUCCGAGGAGACUUCUGGCUGGGCAACGACAACAUCUUCCGUCUGACAAGGCAGCCCAGUGUUCUCAGGAUAGAGAUGGAGGACUGGGAAGGACAAACCCGCUAUGCCGAAUAUGGCUACUUCACUGUGAGUAAUGAGCUGAACAGCUACAAGCUUUUCCUCGCCAACUACAGUGGAAAUGCCGGAGACUCUCUGCGUUACCACAACAACACCAACUUUAGCACCAUGGACAAGGACAAUGACAAGUGUGUCGACGACUGUGCUCAACUACGCAAAGGGGGCUACUGGUAUAACUGCUGUACCGACUCUAACCUGAAUGGUAUGUUCUAUCGCGAAGGCGUUCAUACCAAGAACACAGAUGGGAUCACUUGGUACGGAUGGCAUGGGCCCAACUACUCCAUGAAGAGAGUGGAGAUGAAGAUCCGGCCACAGAAUUUUCAUCCAUGAAGGCUUUCCACUUUAAACUCUAACUGAAAUGCAUGCUUGCUGAGAGAUACAUGAACCAAACUAAAAUGUGACUCUUCUUUGAUGAGGAGAGACAUAGGUGUGUUACUCCUGGAUCAUUUCUAAGGGUUGAAUGUGUAAUGAUUUGAUUGUAAAUUGUAGUUAAUUUCAUAUUUAUCUUCAAAAUAUUUUUAUUUUCUUAAAAGCUUUGACAGAAGCUUCUUUACCACUGUUCCAUAAGGGUAACUGAAUGUUGCUUCCCUCUAUAAUUUUGUGUGAAAACAUAAGGGUGUAUUUAUCACAUCACAAGCUUUCUAGUAGACUGUGAUAAGGGUGAAUACGUGUUUGGAAUUGGUAUAACAAUGCCAGGGGGGGAAAUCGUGAAGAUACAUAGAUUGUUUUGCCAUGGGAACGACCACCCAUGGUCCUUCCACCACAAGUACCCAACAGAUUUUAUUGUGAGAAAAUGUGUUGAUUUUGUGGAAUUGACAUUUGUAAAAUGUGUACAGCUCUAUAUUGUGUGUUGUGUUGUGGGAUAGAAAAUAAACUUGUAUUUUUUAAAGGA